AUGGAUCCUUCGCAGCAGGACAACGCGCCUCAAGCGCAACGCGCCAGCGUUUCCUCGGGCAUGAUGUCACCCACAGAUACCCGGAAUCCAACUCUGUCCAGGCAUUCGUCUGUCGUCGACGAGGGCACGCAGUCGACGGACACCGUACGGCGGCGCCCCGAGGGAUAUGGCACCAUUCAGAACAUGAGAAGCAGCCAGACGCUCAGCGACCACGGGCCGGGGCGCAGUCAAGUCGGCCGCUCCACGUCUGCGGCAGGUCCCGAGCGGAGUCAGUCCUAUUCUCGCAUGCGGAAGCCGCCUCUAUCGCGACGCACGUCGGCCACGACUCCACACAAGGGAGAGGUCUUCUCUGUCGACGACGACACACACGAGGUCGAGGCGGACGCUGCCGAGCGGCGCGCUGGCUUGUCGACGCGCCGCCGCCUACCACCCCCAUCAGGACUCGCCCGCAUUCAGUCUUUCCGUAGUGCCGAAGACGAAGCAGAGUCUGAACGGAACGAUGAAGCCAGCAUGGCCGAAGAGGAGCGCGACGAGGCGGAGGAGGAGCUGCCGUUGGACGAGCAUGUCGAUUGCGAUUCGGACGGCGAUAUCAGCGAGGCCGAGAGCUUCACGCUCAAAGACAGACAGCAGGCCAUCAACCAAACGCACCCUUUCGGUAUCCGAGUUUGGAAGCCCGCGCUGUACAAGAAAGACCGCUCCAUUCAAAAGUUCGCCCAGGCAGACAUCCACUCCUCGCCAGGCGGUAGGGUCAGCAGUUGGCUGCUCCUCUUCAACCUGCUCUGGACGCUCUUUUUCGGAUGGUGGGUAGCCUGCUUCGCCGCCUUUGGCGCAAUCAUAUGCCUUUUGUUCUCUGCCGCGCCUAGCGGGCGAGAAUACGGAAGAAUUCUUUGGGGCCUGGCAGGCUACUUAUUCUACCCCUUUGGCAAGUUUAUCAGGCUCGAGAAGGAUGAGGCCUACCUAGACGAGGAUCAAGACGAGGGCAGAAGCAUCUCCGAGUACGAGCAGUGGCAGAACGGCGACCUCGAGUACGGCCGGCUGUUCUUUGGACCCGAUCGACACCGCUCCAUCAUCGGCCGCUCCCGGAGGAGCAUCGACUCGGAGCCCAGCGAGACGGAGAGCCUGCUGGGACGGGGCCGCCGCGGCGAGUCUGCCGAUCUGCACCCCCGGCUGAAGCGCAGGCUGUUUGGCCGUGGAGAGUGGAACAUUGGCCGCAUCAUAUUCUUCGUCUUCUUCUACUGCCUCAUCUCGCCUUCUUUGAUCAUUAUAUCUGGCAUUUGCUGGUUCCUCGUCUUCUGGAUUCCCAUGGGCAAGGUCACCAUGCUGCUCUUUGACCAUCUCAGGAGACACCCCCUCGCUCUGUCGUUUGAAUCCCACAUCAGCUACGCGCGAGUCGACGACGCCCCGGACUCAUCCAUCCUGGUGUGCACCUAUCGAGCAGUUGGCUCAAAGUACUGGAAAUACACAAUUGACGGCACCAACAUCUUCUUGAUCAACCUCAUGGUGGUCGUCGUCUUUGUUAUUGCCGACUGGCUCAUUCUGGACCAGAUCCUACACGUGGAGGUACUCAUCACUUCGCCUGCCUUUCUGUUUGUCGCUGGCUUGCUCUCCAUCAUCCCGCUGGCGUACUUCAUCGGUCAGGCUGUGGCCUCCAUCUCGGCCCAGUCGUCGAUGGGUCUGGGUGCCGCCAUCAACGCCUUCUUCGCCACCAUCGUCGAGGUUUUCCUCUACUGCGUUGCACUGAGCCAGGGCAAAGGUCAGCUCGUCGAGGGAAGUAUCGUGGGCAGCAUCUUCGCCGGCAUCCUGUUCCUGCCCGGCAUCUCCAUGUGCUUCGGCGCCCUGAAACGAAAGACGCAGCGAUUCAACGCCAAGUCGGCCGGCGUGACGUCCACGAUGCUGCUCUUUGCCGUUGUCGGCGCCUUUGGCCCAACGCUCUUCUACCAGAUCUACGGUACGCAUGAGCUCAACUGCAUGGACUGUGAAGACUAUGUCUACGGCGGCAUCAUCGGGGGCGGCGCUGCUCGCGAUUGCCGGCGGUGCUCCUUUUCGCAGGCACCUGCUCUUGACGAUCGCUUCUACCUCGAGGCCGUGCGGCCGUACUGCUACUCUGCUGCCUUCCUGCUCUUCUUCUCCUACCUGAUCGGCCUGUGGUUCACGCUGCGCACGCACGCAGCCGUCAUCUGGAACGCCGAGGUGGAGGAGAAGCGACACGACGAGGUCAUGCACGCAUCAGCAACGCUUCGACCGCCGCAUCAGCAGUCAACGGCCGAGGGCGCCGGGGCUGAUAUACGCGAUUCGCAUCUGUACAAGCGCAUUCUAGGCCAGACCCUCAAGCAGGGCGGCCUGCCGGACGCCUCCCGCCCGAGCUCCACUACUGCCCACGAUGCCGGCGGUGCCAAUGGAGUGGGCAGCACCCUUCAUGUGGUGCCGCCCAGGGGUGGUGCCGAGGAAGAACAGCAGCAGCAGCAGCCGCCCUCGCGCCCAAAGAUGCCCGGCCUCAGCCAGGUCGACAACAACCUGGUACGCGAGGUUGCCGAGAUCGCUGCCACGGCCGCCACGAUUGCCUCCCGUGACCGGUACGCGCAAAAGCAGUCCAUGGCCGGCCCAACAACACCACGGCCGCAUGGCACCAGCCGAACCAGCCACGCCCCCGACAUGGAGGAGGACGUGGCUACUGCGGGAGCGGCCACUGCGCACGCUGGCGGCCACGGCCACGACGCGCCCAACUGGAGCCGCACCAAGAGCACCGUGAUCCUGCUAGGAGCCACCAUCCUGUACGCCAUCAUCGCCGAGAUCCUGGUCGACACGGUCGACGUCGUGCUCGAGAGCUUCGCCAUCGACCAAAAGUUUCUUGGGCUGACCCUGUUUGCCCUGGUUCCCAAUACUACCGAGUUUUUGAACGCCAUUUCGUUUGCCAUGAAUGGCAACAUUGCAUUAUCGAUGGAGAUUGGCUCCGCAUACGCCCUCCAGGUGUGCCUGCUCCAAAUUCCAUGCCUCGUGCUCUUCUCUGCCGUCUACCCAAACAUCCCGCCCGGCGGUGAUGCCGCCAAGUAUACCUUUUCGCUGCUCUUCCCGCAAUGGGACCUGGUGACGGUCAUUCUGUGUGUGUUUUUGCUCAGCUACGUGUACGGCGAGGGCAAGAGCAACUACUUCAAGGGCAGCAUCCUGCUGCUGACGUACCUCGUCGUCGUGAUUGGCUAUUAUUUCAGCGGCUACACCGAGGCAGCCAUGGGGCUGCAGCGCUUCGACGUGAUGGGGUCCGAUGGCAAGUACCAGACCUUCAAAACCAUUGGCAGGUCGACAAGCGGGAGAGCCUUUGAAGUGAUUUGA